AUGGCGACCGCUAGCGAGCCAAAUACCUUAGGGUGUCACAACCUCCAUGUGGAUUACGUUAUCAAUUACACCUUUGGCGAUACAAAGCAAGCAAAUGCAAUUGAGCAGCUAGAGGAGCUGCUCCGUGCUCUCUCCCAGGUCGGCCUUCAAACUGAGGUCAGACAGGGUGAUGAAUCGUCGCUUCUUGUUUUCGUUCGAGCUUCACAGAAGCAGCUGAAUAAGGCGGUGUACCGAUCGCGAGUCCGUGACUGGCUGUAUGGAAUUCGCAAUGCAGAACCUGAAACGACUGGCGCCAUUGAACCUCAGACAGAGGCGGAGCGGUUACGAGUGAUUAGCUAUAUGAUUACGCUCCCCGUCGAAGAAGGCGGCGCCGGCAUCACCCCAAAGCACGGGCGCUGGAAGAACGUCACGGAUAUAUUCCCAUUGCACGACGAAGAAACCAACAAACAAUGGAUCCGUGAAUGGAGCCAAAAAACCUUUCUGUCGGAGGAGGACCUGGAUCAAGUGCGAAACAAGUUUGGAGAGAGUGUUGGAUUUUACUUCUCAUUCCUCCAGUCGUACUUUCGCUUCCUUAUAUUCCCCGCCUUAUUCGGCUUUGGAUGCUGGUUCUUGCUGGGUGGAUAUUCAACGGUCUACGCAGUUGUCAACUCGCUAUGGUGCAUUAUUUUUGUCGAAUAUUGGAAGCGUCAGGAGGUGGACUUGAGUUGCCGAUGGCAAACUAAAGGCGUUUCUGCCGUUCGAACUCAUCGACGAGAGUUCAAGUCUGUAAAGGAAGUCCAGGAUCAAACCACUGGCGAAGUCCGUGGGAUAUUUCCCGCGACUACGCGCAUGCAGCGACAGCUUCUUCAGAUCCCAUUUGCGCUGCUGACUGCUAUCGCUCUAGGUGCCAUUAUUGCCACCUGCUUUGCCAUUGAGAUAUUCAUCUCUGAGCUAUAUACUGGUCCUUUGAAGUCUUACUUGGUUUUCAUUCCAACCAUCCUUCUGUCUGCGUUAGUUCCUACUAUGAGUGCCGUACUGACGUCAAUUGCGACCCGGCUCAACGACUAUGAAAACCACGAGACAAAUGAUGCUUACGAUGUUGCUCUAACGCAAAAAAUCUUUGUCAUCAACUUCAUCACCUCUUACCUUCCAGUGUUCCUUACGGCCUUUGUAUAUGUGCCUUUCGCGAGCCUGAUUGUUCCGUAUUUGGAUGUCUUCCGAUUGACUGUCCGGCCCUUCGUGUCCAAGGAACACUGCUCCGUAAAACGAUUAAACUUCCAGAUCGACCCUGCACGUCUGCGCAAUCAAGUCAUCUAUUUCACUGUGACUGCCCAGAUCGUCGGAUUUGCAAUGGAAACCAUCGUGCCGUACCUGAAGCAGCACGCGUUCCGGGAAUACAAAGCGUUCAACAAGAGACGCAAUGGCAGAUUGGAGCGCAAUGGUGACAAGGAUUCACCAGAGCGGCCCAGCGUGGUAUACGACGACCCUCCCGAGGAAGCCAAAUUUCUGAAACGGGUGCGCAAUGAAGUCGAACUGCCAGAGUAUGAGGUAACCGGUGAUCUGCGUGAGAUGUGUAUUCAAUUUGGCUACCUGGCGCUUUUCUCCCCGGUCUGGCCACUCGUCCCGGUAUCAUUCUUUGUAAACAACUGGGUCGAACUGCGGUCGGACUUUUUCAAGAUUUGCAUGGAGUUCCGCCGGCCGACACCACUACGUGCGGAGACUAUUGGCCCCUGGUUAGACACACUUGGCUUCCUCUCCUGGGUUGGUAGUAUCUCUAGCGCAGCUUUGGUUCACAUGUUCAGCGGCAACGCGCAUGGCCCCAAAGGAGAGCCAAACGAUAUCAAGGGCUGGGCACUGCUCUUGACAAUCUUCUUCUCGGAGCAUUUGUAUCUUAUCACCCGUUUUGCUGUACAGACGGCCAUGACCAAGCUCGAGCCCCCAAACGCACGAAAGGAGCGUGCUGAGCGGUUCUUGAUGCGCAAACGAUACUUGGAAUCGACACUCCGCGCCCAAGCAGAAGAUGAGGAGGCAGACGACAACCUCUCCUCGGAGGUGUCGGGACUAACCCGUUCUGCCCUUGAAGACGAUGCUCGACGGACCUCCACACAUGAUACUGACUCUGCCGAGCGGUUCUGGAUGCGUCAGCGCGGCUGGAUGGAGGCUGCAGAGGUUGGCAGCCGUAUCAUCCAGGCACAGGCAACCGCCGAGCACAAGAAAGAGCAGUAA